AUUGAACCUAAGGAGACAUACGAGGAGGUAGUCAAAAAGACGACGAAGCGUAUGAAGGCCACGUUUCCGGAGAAGGAAGGGCGCAAUAACCUACGAGUAUGAUACGAGACGGCGCUCCUGGAACGACUUCUAGCGGCACCUAUGAACGUAGCGCUGAAGCAGCUGGUGUAGACAGCCCACAGUCGGGCGCCAACCGAGCCUGCAAACUUUGCCGAGUGGGUCGAGAUCAGACCACAAGAGCCGUAUGGUCUUGCAGCCUCACCUUGCUGGCAUGAAGAAGAUCGUGUUGGCAAGAGCGACUGAGGCAGAGAGUAGCGGAGAAAACUCGGGUUGAAGGACUCGGACAGGAGAUGUUGGAUAUCAAGAAGCAAAGCUAUCCAGUUGAAGGAUUUGGCGAGACCAAACCCAAUAAUCUUAAUUUGGAUGGGAAAGCGUUGACUACACGAAAAGCGAGCUGCAUAGUAAUGGAACUUGACCGACCCUUCUUGAUGAUUGUAUUCUCUACGUGCGCGCCUGAACGGCGAUGCACAAACGUCCCACUGGACGGCAAGGCAGGAAGGCGCAAGGCUACCUGUUGUAAACGAU